AGAUCGAAUUUAUUUGUGUUGUGCUGGACGACGAAAAGAAAACAGCACGUCUGAAUCUCCGGGUUCCAGAAGUUCUCGAUAUUUUGUACGGACCAGAGGCAUCAGGAGUACCAAGCUCUGAAUUGGAUAGCUUGUGGCGCCCCGAAUAUGGAAGCUACAUGAUUGAAGGUACUCCUGGGUCGCCCUACGGACAUAGUCUCAAGGAGUUGACGACUAUCGAAGCAAACAUGAGGAUUCGUCGAAUAAGAAUCAACGAACAGCUCAAGCCAGGAGAAUGUGUUGUGGCGAUGACUAACUUCCCCCGGCUUGGAUGUCCCGAUUGCACAGAACCACCCAGCCCUCCCCAAGGUCCCAUUGCCAAGUCGUUGUUCAUCCCAGACUCUGCGAUCAACCCGCAUCCUCGUUUCGGGACUCUCACAAAGUCGAUUCGCGAGCGAAAGGGUCGCCGAGUGGAUAUCGACGUGCCUAUAUUCCACGACAAGAAUACACCGAACCCAUUUGUUGAAGAAUUCCCCCAUGACGACGGGGAAGCAGCAAAAAUGGCAAAGCCCGAUACGAUAUACAUGGAUGCCAUGUGCUUCGGCAUGGGUUGCUGCUGUGUGCAGGUGACAUUCCAGGCGUGUAGUGUGGAGGAGGGGCGAUACUUGUACGAUAUGCUGACCCCCGUGUCCCCUAUAAUGUUGGCAAUGACAGCCGGUGCUCCAGUCUUCCGAGGCCUUCUGGCGGAUGUGGAUUGUCGAUGGAAUGUGAUCUCAGCCAGUGUAGAUGAUCGCACAGAUGAAGAGCUUGGUAAAAAGCCCUUGAAAGAGAACAAAUUCGUGAUCAACAAAUCUAGGUACGACUCGAUUGAUAGUUACCUAUCGCCCUUCCCGUACUUCAAGGCGAAGUACAAUGACUUGCCGAUAGUCUUGAACCAGGAAGUAUACGACGACCUCAAGCAAAAAGGUAUCGACCAUCUACUCGCACAACACAUCGCUCACUUGUACAUCAGAGAUCCGCUCGUGGUCUUCCAAGAAACAAUGGAUCAGGACGACGCGAAUCAGAGUGACCAUUUCGAGAAUAUCCAAAGUACAAAUUGGCAAACGAUGCGGUUCAAGCCCCCACCCCCCAAUAGUGAUAUUGGCUGGAGAGUAGAGUUUAGGUCGAUGGAGCUGCAAAUGACCGAUUUCGAGAACUCAGCCUUUACCGUAUUCAUCGUCUUGUUAACGCGAGCCAUUCUGUCCUUCAACUUGAAUCUCUACAUGCCCAUCACAAAGGUCGAUGAGAACGUCCAGACGGCACAGAAAAAUGACGCAUCGAGGUCAGAGAAGUUUUACUUCCGAAAGCAUCUGGAUGGCAGCACACUCACACCCGACUGCGACCCAGAUGCGUACGAGCUGAUGGACAUCAACACUAUUAUCAACGGGAACAUGCACAGAAAGCGGAAGACGAGUGGUGUGCUCCACGUAGACGAGGAGCCGACUGUAGAAGACGAGUGCGCGAAACAGAACGAAUUCCCGGGCUUGCUGGCCUAUGUGCGUGCGUAUCUGAACACUAUGGUCGUGGACGUCGAGACUAGCAUGAAAUUGCAGAGUUACUUGAACUUCAUAAGCAAAAAGGCAUCGGGCGACCUCAUGACCACGGCUCAGUGGAUGCGCGGGUACAUCAAAAAACACCCAGACUACAAACAGGACUCAGUAAUAUCAGACUCAAUCAACUAUGACAUCUGCAAAAUUUUCCUGGACGCCGGAGAGGGGCGAACCAUUGUACCGGAGCUGACUGGUGAUUUCGGAAAGAAAAAUCCUAUCGAGGUGACUCCAGGGCCUAAAGUCUAGAUAUCGGGGUGUUUUGGGAAGUCUUUCAAGUGUCAAUUACUCGAACAGAUCGAAGAACAAAAGCUCUAGGCUAUGUCCAUCGCUACAUCAUGUGUCGAAAUAGAGGAAUGUUCCCAGCUUUCUCGCAGCGGAUGUCACUCAUAGAUCUAUAUCGGAAAUACCUACGUAUACACACUUAAACACGCCGAGUAAAUUUGUAUAGUAGUUCAAAUCACCUACAGUCAUUUCGGAGACCUCAGCUCGUGAGGGUAUAUAUGAACGUGGGCAACAAAACACUCCACAGUGAAAUUUUACGAUCCAACCAUUAAACACUCCGGCAAAUUCAAGCUACAACACACGUG